AUGGCGGGGAGGAUCACCUCCCUUGGGAUGGACCACGUUGAGCAGCUAGGCCCUACAAUCGAAAGCAUUGCUUGGCACAAAGCAGGAAUCUUCAAGCCUGGAGCACCUGCAUUCUCAGUGCCACAGGAAGCAGGACCCACGAAAGUCUUGUGCGAUCGUGCCGCCGAAAGGAAGACUAGUCUGACUUUCGUUCCGACUGAUAAUCCUCUUCCUACCAAUGUCAGGGUGCUGAGUGUCCCAGUACAGCGACUCAACUCCUCCCUAGCCCUUGAGCUAGCUAGGACGUUCUUACAGCUCAAAGCACCUGGCCAUACUAUGGACUCCGACGAUAUUUCUAGAGGCAUCGAUAACUUUUCAUGGCUCGGGAGAUUCGAGGUUAUAGAAGACGGGAUGUCUCAAUGGUUUUUGGAUGGGGCACACAACCCUCUGAGUCUCAAACAAGCAGCGGAAUGGUUUUCAAAUAACGUCGAUGCCCUGAAUCCGCGGAGGUUAGUUGGCCAGCUUGUUUCAUUCGGGUCUUCAGUUGACUAA